CUUAAACAGCUUGUAAACUGCAGCUCGUGCACGCUGCGGCCGUGUAAAGCUGCGAAACUCCGUUGUGCGUGGCCUUUGGGUGCAUAUAAAUCGCUGCACUUGCGCUCGGACUGUCACGAAAUCGCCGAUCGGGACUACUUUCUUUUAAAUAUAGACCUAUUUUUUUUUUGGGCUUUUCUUUUUUUGCUGCGCGCGCGGACGGAGCGGCGCGCGCUGGGGGUCGUGAGGCGUCCAAGAUGGCGGCGACGUGUAAGGUCCAGGCUGACUAAAAGGCCCUCCAUGCUGACCUAGGAUCCACUGUGAUUCUCACACACACACACACACAAAGCCUGUAGUCCUGCCAUCUGUCUUGCACAAACAUGGCCAAGGACCAGCCCAAUGUCUUCGACCUCCUCCCGCUUCUGGAGUCCACGGAUCUGCACCAGCUGGAGCAGGUCAGGAGCGUCCUACAGGAGAGCCUCAGCGCAGAUAAAGGCUCAGUGCUUCUUAAUGGCCUUGUGGAUUAUUAUCUGGACACCAGCUCUCCUCAGGCUGUGGACCUCCUGUCCUCCAUCAGGGAGCCUCACGACAAGCACCUUUUAGACAAGAUGAAUGAGUGCAUGGCCAAGCCGAGCAGCAGGCUCCUGACCCUCACCCUGCUCGGUCAUGUUGUUCGCAAGCAGCCGCCGUGGAUCCACAAGAUCACUCGCUUCCCUCUGCUCACUUCACUACUCAAAUGCCUGAAGACUGAGUCAGAUGUUGUGGUUCUUAUAACCGGAGUGUUGGUGUUAGUCAUCCUGCUGCCCAUGAUACAACAGACCAGCAAACAGCUCCUGUUUGAAUUUUUUGACAUCUUCGGACGACUUGCAGCUUGGAAUCAAAGAAACCCAGGCCAUGCUCAGGGAGCGUAUGCAGUUCACCUGCAUGCCAGCGUGUACUCGUUCUUUCAUCGCCUCUACGGCAUGUACCCCUGCAACUUCGUGUCCUACCUGCGCGCCCACUACAGCAUGAAGGAGAACGUUGACACUUUUGAAGAAGUAGUUAAACCGAUGCUUGAACACGUUCGGAUACAUCCAGAGCUUGUUACAGGAACCAAAGACUACGAACUGGAUCCGAUAAGGUGGAAAAGGUUUGAGACCCAUGACAUUGUGAUUGAAUGUGCCAAAGUGUCCCUGGACCCUAAGGAAGCCUCUUGUGAGGAGGGCUACUCGUCCCUGCCUGACCAUGUGCCACAGCGCCUCAUCGACAGCAGCAGGUCCUGCUCAGAUCUCAGCACCCACGGAAGUUCACCUUUCAGUUCAAUGGCCACAGUGCGGCAGUCCCUUUCCCUUUCUCUACCCCAUCUGACAGUCAGUCAGCACCCAGGCCUCAGCCCAAAGACCCCCAGGCUACCGGGUUCUGAGGUGAUGUCCUCAGGAAUGAAGGAGGCCAUGUGGAGCCCUUCGUCUGUGUGUGGGAUGAGCACCCCUCCCAACUCCAGAGGAAUGUCCCCCACCACCGUCUCUGAUGUCUCACACAGUGCCUCCAGCGUCUCAGCGCGGGUCCCGAGCACACCAGGUCAGGAAGUGGAUGGGAAAUGGACUCCGUCCGCCUCCACGCCCUCAGGGUCAUCCCCUCUCCCGUUGCUCUUGGGAGAACUCGAGCAAACUGCCCAAGCCACCAGCGUUACUCUUUCGCUUUCUAAGACAAAUCUGGAGACUAAAAAUGGAAACCCAGCAGCUAUCAAUGGCAAAGGCACAGGUGACGAUCUUAGUCCUUUUUCAUUGAAUGAGCUCUCCGAUUUUGUGAAGAGGACGGAAAGAGAGAAAGAGGAAGAUUCCAUCACUGCAGAAUUGCUGACACUAACCCAGGGCAAAUCCCACUCGCUCUCAAAUCCAGCUCUGGACUCGUCCCUCUCCUGCACCACUGAACCCCCCUUCCCCUUAAACCCCAGCAUUAAUCCCCUGCCUAUUAAUCUGGCAUCCACCCCAGACAGGAUGGUAAACACCACAAAAGGAGGGGAUCAGCAGCCUUCCAUGAGCAUGUGGCCCUGUUUCACUCCCAUCGACAACUCCUUGAGCCCAUCCGCAGCAGAAGACACCUCUUUUGAGCUGUUUAAGGGCUCGUUUCCCUACGAGCAUCUCUUCGACCUGGCCUUGCCCAAGCUGGCCUCUCUGUUUGUGGAGAGGAAGACCAGUGAGUCUCAGCAGAAGUCUGCCAGAGAGGAGGUGGAGGUGGGGGAUCUGUCUGCCACGUCCCCUCUGGAAGUGCUGGAUCGUCUCAUUCAGCAAGGUCACGACCUUCAUGAAAAAGUGUUGAAUAGUUCUCUUUCAUCGUCAAACCUCUCGGCUGAGCCACACAGUGGAGGUAAACAUCAUAGCACUAAAGGAAAAGGCUCUGGAGCCCCUGAUGAGCUGGCACUGUUGCGCAGUCAGCUGCUGCUCCUGCACAACCAUCUGCUAUACGAGCGGCACAAAAGAGAGCAGCACGCGCUGCGCAACCGCCGCCUACUCCGCCGUGUCAUCAACGCCACUGCACUGGAGGAGCAGAACAACUCCAUGAAGGCCCAGCUGCGGCUGCAGGAGGUGGAGAUUCAGACUCUGCGUGCGAGUCUGCAGGAAGAGCAGGAGCGCUCCAAGCGCCUGCAGCAGGAAGGACAGGCGCAGGUGCAGCAACUCCACAGGCAGCUCCAGGCCAUCCAGCACGAGAGGAAUGAAUACUGCACUAAGACUCAGGAGCUGCAGAGCGACUUGCAGGAAAGUAAGAAGAGGAUGGGUAAGAUAGAGGCGGAGCUACAGAGAGCCAAUAACAAAGUGUGCAAUACAGGACACCUGCUCAGCCAGCUGUCAAUCAAGCUCAACAACAGUGAAAGCCUGGAGCAACAGAUGGCCUUUUUGAACAAACAGCUGUUACUGCUGGGCGAAGCCAAUAAGCUGUGUGUGCAGGAAGUCCAGCGGCUCGGACCAGAUUCACAUAAAGAGCAGAAGAUGCUGCAGAUGUGUUCCACCCGCGAGACUGAGCGAUUAAGGCAGAGCUCCAUUCAGCAGAGUCAGAGGCUGGAGGCGGCCCAGCAGCGCAUCACUGACCUGGAGACACAGCUCACCAAGAAAGAGCACCUCGUCCUGGAGCAGAAGAAACUCCUGGAAAAUGUCAAAAAUCAGGCCAAAGGGCAGCUGCAAGCCUCCGAGAGCAGGUAUCUUGCCCAAAAGCGUGUGACUCAGGUGCUACAAUCAGAAAUGCUUGAGCUGUACAGUCAGCUUGAGCUCGCCAGGCUCUCAAACAACAAACCAGCAGAUGGAGCAGCGGAACCAGGCAGCCCUCAGAACCAGAAGCCAAACGGCAGCAGCAGCACCUCCACUUCAGCUCCAACCUCCGAGUCAGGGAAAAGAGAGGAAACGUCUCACGUAUGCGUGAACGGCGAGCUCUCGCCGCUGUCUCCUGGACCCCCACCAGCCACCGCACUGAUUAACGGCAGUCAAGAAGAAGACCUUUCCAUCCUGUCCUGCAACUCCCCUUCAGCCAAGAGCUUCCUGGGGUUGCACAAUCAAGAGCUGCUGAAGAAGAAAAAGAGUUCGUCUGAGGAGGAGCAUGCCCUCCGGCUUCCCAACCAGACCUCAGAACCUGCCGAGCAGCUUGCGGGCUCCCGGAGGCCGGAAGUGGAAGAACCCGAGCUCCCUCCCCCUGUGGAUCGGCACAGGGCUCGCGCUUACAACAUCCAGAGGCGCAGGCAGCAGGAGCUGCACAUCAUGGAUUACAACGAGAUGCACUAGGAGAAGGAGCUGGGAAGGUUGAGUUAGCAGGAUUGCCAUUGUAGAUUUGCUUGCAACACUAGACAGAAUGAUUAAAAGAAGAAAAAAAAAAGAUGUUUUGACCUCCUCGCAGUACUCUUUAUUUUAUCAAGAGUGGACUGCAUUCUUUUAGCUAUUUUUUUAAAAAAGCGCUACUGUAUUACAAAACAGCCAAAAACAAACAAAAAAAAAAACAUAAAAAAAAAGAGAGAUUCAUGUAGGACGUAAAGCUUAUAGCAUCACUAUUUUUUUGGGGCUGCACUUUUACAGUCCCUCAGAUUUCAUUAAACCUGAACCUAAAACAUACUCAUUCUGUAGCUUUAACCGAUCCAAACGCUCGUAAAGAGUCUCGUAACCACCGUGGUGUGAAACAAGAGCACUUUCCUGUAACCUUAAAAAAAAGAAAGAAAAAAAAAACAUUUAUUCUUUCAAUGUGGAUUAUUCAUGUACUGGGUUGUUUGAUAAACAUUUCAGCUUCAGAUGUGUGUAAAGCACGCUGCAGUGGUGGUUAUGUUGUGUGCACAUUGUGUUUUGGCCUUUAUCGUAUUAACUAGAACACGUAUUGCUUUAAUUGCCGUAUUUUUUCCGCUUUUGUAUCUUCCUGAUAUUCGUUUAUGGGCUCGUACAAAAAAACGUCCAAGCCAAAUGAGCGACACGGAAAUACCGUCAAGCGGUUUCGUUCCCGCAGCGAGUUAUUUUAGUUUUCCUUCCCAUUUGAACCAAACACUGUAAAUACUCAUCAGCAAAUCAAUCCCCAAAAGUCAGAUACAACUGUGAAAGAAAUGCAAAAAAACAAAACCAAAAAAAAAAAACAGCUACGAUGAGUAGAUAGGUGAGACAGAUGAUGUCAUAACCUUGCUUUGGGUGCUUUGCCUGUAGAAGGAAAAGAUGAAGCAAGUGUUAAAGCAUAUAGAUCUUAUUUUUUCAUUAAUUACAGUUUAAUAGUGGGUUUAGAAAGCCCCAGACACUAGUGCAAUAGUUCUCCUUAGCAUUACACUUUAAUGCCAGCUAAGACGCAUGAAAGGUGUAAAAUCAGUGUACUUUUUUCAUUUAUUUUUCUCCCCUCCGCUGCUCAACCAGAGACGCAUCACGCAACACCAACUCCGCUGCUGUUCGUCCUGUAAACAGGUAGUGCCUCAGAUUUGGCCAUGCCAGCCAGAUUCCUCUGUGAAAAAUGUUAGAUUUUACAGUCAGAGUUGUCUAAUGGGGGAAGAAGAAGAAGAAGAAGAAAUCGCUGCUUGGAUUGUAUGUGAAAUGUGAAUGUUUAUGGUAGCAAUGUAUAGACUAAAAUUACAGAAAUACACUAAAACUCAAUGGCACAGCUGAUAUCCUGAAAUCUAAGCUUUCUCUCUCUCACACACACACACACACACACACACACACACACACACACACACACACACACACACACACACACACACACACACACACACAAAGCCCUUCUUUGAAAAGAAGAGUUUGAAUCAGUAAAAAACAUUAUAUAAAUUUUUUUUUCACCAAAUCAGGGAUAUUAACGAUCCUUUGUUAUGGAUUCCUCUAAAAAAAUGUGAAAAUGCAGUAACUGAAGGAAACUUUGACGCGACGAGGAUGUUAUGGAAAUUCUCAUGAACUUGUUCAGACUUUUUCUGCGACUCUGUACCGGAAACCAAACCCAACUCUCCUGCUCACUGUUUUAAAUCUUGCGGCUUAUAUUUCAUUUUAGUGAAGUGUAUCAAUCGGUCAACGUGCCCGUCGACAUCUGGGUGAUUUUCGUUUUGUUCACAAAAUGCCUUAAGAUAGAUACAUAAAUAAAUAAAUAAAUAUAUAUAUAUAUAUAUGAGAGAGAGAACAUCUCUCCUUCCCUGCCCCAGAGGCCAAAUUUCAAUGGUUAUUACAAACUAUGGUACAAUUUGACAGUAAUCUGAAGUGGAGUCAGAUGUCCUCAGGGACAAAAAUAAAAGUACUGAUUGUCAAGACACAAAAUGAAAAGGUAUUACACUUGUUAAGCUAUGAUCAGGAAUAAUAAAAAAUAUAUGUUUUGCA